AUGGCCAGAAACCGCUACCAUAGUCAUCACUAUGGUUACCGUCAGGGCCAAGGUCGAACUGCCCUGGGCAUCAUUGCAGAACUGGGAUCUGAAAGCAACGCCCAUGGACUGGCAAAAAUCGUCACAUCCCGGGAUACCAAGAGAAAAGUCAUCUGGGCCUUGUUGGUGAUUGUCGGAUUUACAGCUGCUACUUUGCAACUGUCUCUGUUAGUCAGGAAAUAUUUACAGUUCCAAGUCAUUGAACUGUCUGAGAUUAAGGACAGCAUGCCGGUGGGAUACCCCUCGGUGUCUAUCUGUAAUAUUGAGCCUAUAUCGCUGCGGUCAAUACGUCGAAUGUAUGUAAACAACGAGACUCAUAAUUUAAUCGACUGGCUUCGCUUUAUUCAGGAUUUUCGUUUCGAACAGGAGUCGUUUAUGAAUAGCAUCCGUGCAUUUUAUGAGAACCUUGGCGAUGAUGCUAAACGAGUAAGCCAUGACCUAGAGGAUAUGUUGAUACAUUGUAGGUUUAACAAAGAGAAUUGCAGUGUCCUAAACUUCACCACUUUCUUUGACGGAAACUACUUCAACUGUUUCACCUUCAACGGGGGAAACUCCAAAGAUCAACUACAGAUGCACGCAACUGGUCCGGAAAAUGGCCUUUCUCUGAUUGUCUCUGUGGAGAAAGAUGACCCUAUGCUGGGGACGUACGGAGUCUACAACUUUGACAACAAUAUCCUACACAGCGCUGGAGUUCGGGUUGUGGUACACGCCCCUGGCUCAAUGCCAAGUCCUGUGGACCAUGGUUUCGACAUUCCACCUGGCUACUCUUCUUCUGUUGGUCUCAAAGCUAUCCUCCAUACACGACUUCCAAGACCAUACGGAAACUGCACGGAGGAUUCGUUAUCCGGAAUCCGAACCUACAGAAACACAUUCUUCGCUUGCUUACAGUUAUGCAAACAACGACUAAUAAUCCAGCGGUGCGGGUGUAAAUCAUCGGCGUUGCCUGAAGUCCCCAGUUAUAACGUGUCUUUCUGUGGCACUAUCAGAGAUUGGCAGACGAUUUAUUACAACAAGUCGGGACACUGGAUGAGUGGGAUGCUCAUUCCUACCCCAACUCUUGCAUGUGAAGAACGUGAGCAGAAGAAGUUAAACAAUGACCGAGCUUAUGAGAGUAACUGUGGGUGUUUUCAACCAUGCAGUGAGACAUCGUAUUUGAAGUCGGUCUCGCUAUCCUAUUGGCCGCUGGAGUUCUAUCAGCUAAGUGCUUUAGAGGUAUGGUUCUCUGUGUCGUUUAACCAGAGAUUUUUCAAGCAGGACAGAAAAGGUGGAGAGUCGCACUUUAUGCAGGCAGCCUAUCAAUACCUGUACAAAUUGGCUCACCCACAGCAGACUAAACUGGCCAAAAACGACAGCAUCGUCAGCGACAUUCUGACCAAGUCCUACUCCAUCUCAGAGAAGGAAAUGUCCAAGGAAGCAUCUGAUUUGAUACGACAGAAUAUGCUGAGGUUGAAUAUUUACCUCGAGGACCUCAGCGUGGUAGAGUACCGCCAGCUUCCCGCCUACGGUCUUGCUGAUCUGUUCGCCGAUAUCGGAGGUACUCUGGGCCUGUGGAUGGGCAUCUCUGUCCUAACCAUCAUGGAGCUGGUCGAGUUGAUUAUACGACUGAUUGGCCUCGCUUUCAAUUCUGAGCGGGACUUUCCCAGUGGGCCUUUACAGAACAAUAACAGCAUUAACGGACAAGGUGCCGGUCGGUGCAAACUUGCAAACGGACACGUGGAACCUGAAAGCUAUCAGGAUUCUGCUGGGACGUCGAUGUUUGAUUUUAGACGAUGUGUGGAUUCGCCAGUAUGA